UUUAUUAUUAUAGUUAUCUGAUAAUUGUAUUCUCAAAAUGUUAUAUCGGGCUUAAAGUUCACCAGUGUAGGGGAUUAAGCUUGCAUUGAUUCAUUCAAAUUAAUUGAAAAAUUGUCUUCUGUGGUGGUCAAUAAAAUAAAAUACAAUGGCAGAAUCUGAGAAUAUAUUUUUAUUCGUUCCUAAUUUAAUUGGUUUUGCAAGAGUAAUACUUGCUGUUAUAUCAUUUUAUUUUAUGCCAACGAAUUAUGUUAUUGCUAUUUGGUGCUAUGUAAUUAGCGCACUAUUGGAUGCCGUCGAUGGUCAUGCAGCCAGAUAUUUUAAUCAAAGCACUAAAUUUGGUGGCAUGCUUGAUCAAUUGACUGAUCGAGUAGGAACAAUGUGUCUUCUGGUCAAUCUUUCUAUGUUUUAUCCCGCUUAUGCUUUCUGGUUCCAAUUGAGUAUGGCUAUUGAUAUAGCUUGUCAUUGGAUAUAUUUGCAUACGACAAUUUUACAAGGAAAAGCGAGCCAUAAAUUCAUUGACAUGUCAGAGAAUCCAAUUAUGAAUAUUUAUUACACAAAUCGUCUAGUUUUGUUUUUCAUGUGUGCUGGAAAUGAAGCAUUUUACGCAACAUUAUAUGUUUUGCAUUUCACCGAAGGACCCAUGAUACUCGGAUUGAGUUUAUUAAAAAUAAUGUUGUUUAUAUCAGCACCAGUAGCAAUAGUAAAAUCAUGCAUCUCAAUACUUCACGGGUAUGUUGCUGCUAUCAAUCUCAGUAUAAUUGAUGUUAAAGAACGUCAAGGAUUACAAAAAACAAAAUAAUUCUGAAUUUAGAUUUUAUUUUUUAAUUUUAAAUUGUUAUUUAGAAUAUUUUAUUUGCGAUAAUCAAAGAGUUGUUAAUUAUUUUAUUUAAUAUUUAAGUUAUCUAUUGAUGUAUAGAAUUUUUUUUAUAUUAUUUAAAUUUGUUUUAAAAAAAUUAUCAGACUGCUAUAACUUCUUACUAAUUUCCGGUUAAUUUUUGUCAAUCAGUUAUUAUACAGUUAAAAUAUUUACUUAAUUUCAAUAAUUUUUGUGAUUCAUCAAGUAAAUCAAUAAAUUAGUAUGUACCUAUAUUUUCAUACAACUUACUGAGACUUUUUACGAUAUGAUUAAUUUAUCAUUUCAUUGCUACUUCCAUAAUAUAAACUAUGAUUAUAAAUAAUAAAAGUAUUAUUUAUUAAUAGUCAUUGACUUGAAAAAAAAAAUUUACUUAUAUUGUAAUUAUCUCGCAAUAUAUUAUUUUAUUAUUCCAAUUAUCAAUAUACUUAUUAACUUUUCAAAUGAAUGAAUUGAUCAACAAAUACAUAUAGUGCAUCACUUAAUAAAAUUAAGAACCCAGGCUUUAAUUCAUUUUUUCAAUUGACUGUAUGAUGAUUGAACAUGAAUUAUUAAUUAAUAUCCGAAUGAAUGAACAUUAGUGACGAAAAUAGUAAACGAUAUAUAGACUACUUAUAUAUUUAUAUAUACUUAUUAAAAAGUUCAAAGUCUCUCGUUGACACUGAUUAGUUGUUUGUUUAUAGAAUUAAAUUAUUCAAAGAUAUUUAUGUUAUUUUUUUUUUAUCAAAACUAUUAAAAAUUGCUGGAAAACAAAAAAUAAUUAAUACUUAAAUGUAGACUAGAAAAAAAUGAAAAAAUAUGAGAUAAAUUCUAUUGAAAAUGUUCUCUAUUAACAGUAUUUUUCUGAUAUCUAUAAAAGAGUUUUAUUCUAUGUAAAAAUAUAUAAUAUUUAAUAUGAAAGAUAAUGAAAUAUAAUUUGGUGUUAAUUUUGUCUAGACUUACGUCGAAAACUAAUUCACAAUAAUUAUUAUAAUUAUAAAACGGACUACAUAUGUUUAUGCAUUAAUAUUUUUUGUCUUAACUUGUAGAUUUAUUAGUUAUGUCAAUUAAUUUAUAAAAAAAAAAUCGGUACCAAAAAGUAGCAAGCAGUUAUUUUCAUAAAGAUAUUUUAUUUGAGCUUCCACUUUUUAAUCAUUCCUUUGACUUAUGUAUUAUAGAGUGUUAUAGAGUGUAUAUUGAAGAAUAAAUCAUUCAUUAUCGAUAA